UAUAUAUAACCGAUUGAUUUAUAUGCGCCGAGUCCUUGUUGCUUCUCCGUGCUGCACCAUGAGAUCAAUAAUUAGUGGUGGUGGUUUCUAUUCACUUCUUUUUUGGGUUUUACAUUUGCAAGACAUUUUGGCCGAAGAAAAAAAUAAUUGCUGUUGCGAUGAAAGCAAUCCAGACGAAAACGUGUUUCGAUUGCCACUUCAAGAGACACCUCUGGGAGGUAUACAAAAUGACACGAACCGUUACACGGAUAUAUUUAGGGAGAUUGUUAAUGAAGAUACUACGAAAACCAGUGAAACUGUAGAUAAAGGUUAUUACACCUCACUGUGCUGGUCAGAAAUAUUGACGCUGACCGAGUUGGCGAAUGGCUCAAAGUCCGUCACAAAGGAGUACGCAAUAACAUUUGAAACGCAAGCGGAUAUACCUCCAAAAUAUGUUGAAGUAAAUGCGCCGGAGGUACGGCAGUAUUUGGUAUAUGACCAAUCCACUAAAAAAAGUCAAAUGGUGAACUUUACAACUAUAAGCGAAACUGGAGAUGUAGUUAUAAGCCAACAUCGAAAUAUGUCUUGCGGUUCCGGUCCGAUUUACAGUAAAGAACUAAUUGGCUGGCCACGCACGAAUAAGGAAAGGUUAGAAAUAAAGGUAAGCCCCAAGAGGAGUAAUUUCAAAAUUGCUCUACCUAACGCACCUCUUGUUGGGUCAUCGAAUUUAACUACAGCGGGUACUGCAACAGUUACACCUUCAGUGAUUGGUGGUUUAACGAAUGUUACCACUACACUGCAACCUUUUGAAGAUAUCUCCAAUAGCAGCUCUAAAACCACAGCUGAACCACAGAGAGUGCCAGAAGAAGACGCAAAACGUAACCCUACACUUAUACAACCAUCAAACUUAAUACUUCCCGAUCGAACACCAACCGCAACUGAAAGAGCUGCCCCUACAGCUUCACCAUCAACCGAAAGCGCGCCGAUUGAGGUCAGAGAUAGGAUAGCAUUAAGCCAAGAGAGCUCUAAUAGCACCGAAGAUAAGGGCACCGAUACCGCUUUUCCCCCACCCAAUCCUCACGUUCCACCAUGUGUCUUGCCAAAACAGAAAAUUUCGAUAAAGGUGAGGGUGACAAUGGAUCACGUGCUCGAACAUGGUGUGCUGAACCUACAAGAUCUUCCAAUCAUGGGUUUAGAAAAGCAAAUUGAAAUUCCCGUCGAAUCCAUUCGCGAAAUUCCAACUGUACCAAAUAUAACAAUAAACAGAGAGUGGAACCGCUUCCUGGACGACAUAGGUACUCACUUCUUCAACUUGAACGAACAAUUUCUUGUCAACUUCACUGAUUUGUUUACGGAUAACCUAGGCGACAGUCCUGAUUACGAAGAUAUCUUCCCGGAUGAAACCGUAAGACGCUUAAAAAUUCUGCUGAAGAAAGUAAACAAGUGUCAGCCGCUGGUUAAUGCAGGAGGACUAUAUCCUGCGCCAGAAUUUAGACACCUAGAUAGCUACGAAUCGCCACCACCAAAGGACCAACAUCAGCAGAGCAGUCGAGUUAGUUCCCAUGGUGUACCGACAGAAUUUUUAAACGAAUUUCAACCACAGUUAUUUAGGCAAUAUGGUACUUAUCCAACUUGGUUGAUUGUGAAAAACGUGGCUCCUGUAUUUACAAGUAGCGGUCGGCUGUACGAGCCUCCAAGCCAAAUACGUCAUCGGCGUGAGCAGAUGGCAUACAGGUUCAAUUGAAUUUUAUUACCUAAUCCAAGGCGUUGUUGAAAUCUACAAAUAAAGAUUAGGCUUGA